AUGACUCCUGUUCUGGAGACAGCGACAUCUCGUGUCAAGGCCGAAGCCAAGAAGCCCGACGAGGUCCCCAUAGCCAAACAGCCCAACUCCCGGGCACCUUCGGGUCUACGGGAACGGAUUCUACGUACCCCGCUACCGUAUUAUUCAGGGCCGUAUAGCGUGGGAAUGAUGGACAUCGAAGUGCCCGUAAGAGAACCAAGGCAUUUCUCCGACAUUACUCGGAAGAAGAAACAUCUGCUGGAACUCGAGACGGUCUUGUUCACCGUGUUCUACCCAUCAGGCUUUGGUUCAGGACACGGGACCUCACCUGAAGGCGAGAAACGGUGGUCGCGGCCGACGUGGCUACCAAGGCCGAGAGUAGAGGUUGCGAAGGGGUAUGCGAAGUUUUCUGGAAUGCCCGCGGUGCUGUGUGUACCGUGGUUUGGUGCCACCACGGCCUUCACCAAGCUGCCGGCUUUCCGAAAUGCAAAGUUGGCGGAACACUGGCCGCCGGACAAGAACUCGCGAGAAGGUGGGUAUGAGACGAAGAAUAGGGCAGGUACUCCUCCCUCUGGCGAGCCAGAACAUCCCUGUUUUCCUCUCCUGAUAUUCAGCCAUGGAUUGGGUGGUACGAGGACUACGUACAGUUCUGUGUGUGGCGAGUUUGCCAGCUACGGCUUUGUGGUGGUCAGUCUCGAGCACAGAGAUGGCAGCGGGCCAAGGACAUUUGUAAAUCUCCCCAACAAUGCUGCGUCGAGUGACGAGGCGAGAGAGAAGGGUUACUACAAGAUGGACUACGUGUUUCCAAAGGGAAAUGCGAAAGACACGAUGCCGGGAAACAAACAAGGAGUGGACGCGGAACUUCGCUCGGCGCAGAUACAGCUGCGGCUGGCUGAGAUUGAGGAGGCGUAUCGGGUCAUGACGCUGAUCCAUGAUGGACACGGCGAGCAGAUUGCCAGAGCCAACCUGCGUGGGAAGACGGAUGGAGCAAUCGGCGGGAGCUCGAGGGGCUUGAAAGGUAUCAGCUGGGAUAUGUGGAAGAACAGGUUUCAUCUGCAGCAAGUCACCAUGCUGGGACAUUCAUUCGGUGCCGCAACCGCGGUGGAAGUUCUGCGUCACGAAGACCGGUUCCAAUUCAUCGGACAAGGCAUCAUCUACGACAUAUGGGGCGCCGCUAUCCAGCCUCCGGAAGCCGCCCCAGAGCACCGGAUUAGCACACCCGUGCUGGCGAUCAACUCCGAGGCCUUCAUGUACUGGCCCGACAAUUUCGACGCUGUCAUGUCCCUCUGUCGCGAGGCCAAGGACCGGGAGGCGUUGGUGUGGAUGAUGACCGUCCGUGGCUCGAUCCACGUCUCGCAGUCCGAUUUCUCACUGCUCUACCCUCGGGUCUGCAGCCUCCUCCUCAAGAUGACGGUCAACCCUCGCCGAGCAAUCGACCUCAACGUCAACGCUUCGCUCGAGUUCCUGAAGCACGUCAUGCCGGCCCGCAUCUCCGCCAUGAACCGAGGGACGAACGAGCACCUCCUCGAAGUCGAAACCCUCAACAAACUCCCCACCGAGCAUCAGCCCGCCAGUAAAUGGACCGCCGUGCGCCUGCGCAUCCCGCACGAGAUGCGGAUUCGACUCACGCCGCAGUGGCUCCGACGACGUGCGCAGAGGAAGAGGAGGGAUUCAGUCGUGAGGCACCUACCGCGGGAUCCGAGUGGGAACAUCCUGGAGGGACUGGAGGAUUUUGAGCCGGGAGAGGAGAUUUGGAUGCAUGUCGCGCCGACGAAAGAUGAGCUGAAGAGAUAUGGGAUAGCGCCUGAAAAGGGGCUCCAGAGUCACGGGGAGGAUGUCCACGGGGACGGGAUGGUAGAUACUACGGGGGACGAGGGGAGAGCGAGGGAACAGCACAGGGGCAUCGAGCAGAAAUACAUGGACCGAGGCUGA